GUGUAAGGAUUUUCGAGCGAGAUCGUUGCCAGUGCCCCUGGACUGGCUCCUGUGCAGGUGGAACAUAAAAUAUACCAUAUUGAGCGUGGCCGUUGCCAGUACCGCCUGACUGGCCUUCGUGCGGGUGACACGUAAAAGCACCCACCACACUCUCGGAGUGGUUGGCGUUAGGAAGAGCAUCCAGCUGUAGAAACUCUGCCAGAUCAGAUUGGAGCCUGGUGUAGCCAUCUGGUUUCACCAGUCCUCAGCCAAAUCGUCCAACCCAUGCUAGCAUGGAAAGCAGAUGUUAAACGACGAUGAACGAUGUCUGUGUGUGUUGAACAUUGGGGCUUCGUUGAAUAUGCAGUAUUAAUAAUGCUUAUAUUAUCAGAGCUUCUAAUUCAGUAGUUGGCUGUUAUUUCUGGCAACCACUUAGAGGUUACCUUGGGUGGUUCGCUAAAUGGUUUGGAUUUGUCUUUGGGUGGCAGUUGCCUUUACUGUUUAAUGACGAGUUGCCAGCUGUAGAGCUGUUUGUUUCUGAUCUGCUAAACUCUGUCUCUCUCUCUCUCUCUCUCUCUCUCUCUCUCUCUCUCUUUUGAUUGAUUUUCAGGCUGCCCUCUGGUGAGCAGGGACCGAAUCCACUCCACGAUGAUAAACCCAUUAGCCACCGACCUGGAGAACCACAUAAGGGUAUGGCUGUUCCUGUGUUGGGAGCUCGGCUGCGGAACAUACGACCGUUACAGCUAGUUCGCGACAUGAAUAGAAUGCCUGGCCCCAUGAGAGGCAGACUGGCCGAUCGAUCUGCCGUGGUGCGCAACCCAGGCCACCCACACCAAAUUGCACCUGUGAUGCAACACAUGCCCCAGGUGCUCACGUCUGCACAGCAACAGACCCCUGCCUCAUACAUCCCGUCGAGAGCCACCUUGCCUGCCGCCACGAUGCCUGGCCCCACCUACAGGAUGCCACACCCUCCACCACCAGGUGUGUCUACAGGACCAGUGAUGCCACCCCCGUCUGGUUUCAUAGCGCCGCCUAUAGAACCUAGCUAUUUCUUGCAAUAA